ACCUUCAUGUUUCAAUUUUGGUAAUUUUCUUAACAUACGUAAUAUCAAGUGAGUUUCAUAUUUUUUAAAUUUCUUUUACGAAAUGAAAAAAUAAUUUUACUUAAGUUUAGAAUGAAAAAUUUUAUUUUGAAAAACUAUGUAUUGUAUAUUUUUAUAAUUAUUCAAGUGGAUUAGAUGAAAUUCGGGUUGAGUCGGUCGGGUUACGGGUUAGUCGGGUUUGGGUCAAUCGGGUUCGGGUUAAUCGGGUUGCGGGUCAGUCGGGUUGCGGGUCAAUCGGGUUCGGGUUAAUCGGGUUGCGGGUUAGUCGGGUUGCGGAUUAGUUGGGUUGCGGGUCAAUCGGGUUCCGGGUCGGGCGGGUUACGGGUUGUUGACUUUUAGUCAAUUCGGGUUGCGGUCGGGUUGAUCGGGCGGGUUAAUCGGGUCGGGCUAUGUUUUGACACCUAUCACAACGGGAUAAAAACGAUUUAGACAAAUUUCGGUGAGCUUUUAGCGUUUGGAAUGUCAAGGUACUCCCCACCCUUGACAAUUCCACGCGUAGACAUUCAUUUAGGAUGUUGGGGCCAAUUGGGGCUGGCUACCUCUACCCUUUUUCCUUUGUUCUUGUCCUUCUCGCCUGGACUCUUUGGAAGAGAAUUUACCACUCCUUCUUCUGGUUCCUGGAUACAGACUCCGGUAUUUCUUCGAACAUAGACUCUUGGGGACUCUGAUGAUUCUAUCAAUAUCACUUUCCCCUUUGACUUCCCAUCUGCAACACACCCUAGCGGGGAGCAAGAAAUGGCUAUAUUUGUAGAUUGAUCCAUUCCUCCAUUAUUAAAGAAAUCCAUCCCUUCUCCUUGCAAGCCAAAUAAGUGAUUAUCUUCUAAAUCGUCAAAUAAAAAUCCAGGAUCUUCACUACAAUAUAAGUUACCUAACCCAUAUGACGGUGAUGGUACUUGAAAUUGGAGAGGAAUGGGCUCUAACAGCAAUGGUUGUGUGGGCAGGGCCUUUUCUUUAUUCGUGGACUCGGGCCCAGCUUGGUAUGGUUUGCUGCAUCCGGCCUCCUUUAUUGGCUGGGCCAGCAGCUUUCUAGGCACAGGGUUAUGAUGAGGCCCAUCCGAGUUCAUUAGUCGGCCUGCCUCCCUAUUAUCAGCCCGCCUCUCUCGUCGACCCGGUCGCUGUUUUCCCUGUCUUCCUCCGGCAGGGUUUUCUCCGCCGUUCCGGGAAGGAGCUUCAAGCAGCAGCGUGUUGGAUCGUGAUUGCGGCAAGGGACGAGCUCCGUGACGCCAUACGUUGCCACCCCAGUUUCGUCCACCUUUGCGCGCAGUCAUCCCUCCUCUCGAGUCUCGAUCCUUGUCCUCCUCCGUACCGGAGGAAAUCAGAAACCUCUAAUCCAACCCAUCGGAAGUUAACACAAAAUUUCUUUUCCAGAGACUCAGAGAUGGAUACUCCAGGAGAGUCGCUGCCCUCGGUAUGUUCCUUGAACGCGCGCUCUCUUUCUCUCUCUCUCUCUCGAUCGACCUUGUUAAUAUGGAAUUCCAUUCGACAUGGUUUCUUUCUGAUUUUAGGGUAUAAACUGAGGUAGUUUAAGGUAUUUAUGGCUGAUUAGGGAAGAGUCCUCCCCUUCCCUUCGCAUUUUUGAGAUUACCAACGGUUGGCUAGGGUUACGACCUAAUGACAUCUUUUGUUUCUUCCUGAUUUCUCAAGGUUAAGAUAGCUAGAUCUGCUCGCAAAUCAUCCAUGGUGUUGAGACGUAGACAACUCCGCCUCCGACGCCGCUUCCAAAAGGUCUCUCUCUUUCUCUCUUCGCCUGUCCUUGCUUGUAUGCAGAUAUUUUCCACCCACUUCUCUUGUAAAUCAUAUGAUGUCGAUCCUAUUUGCACCCAAUAAACUGUGUUUCAACAUUCCCUGCAAGGGGGUUCAAGACGAUUGAAGUUAUUUCGAGUGAUUUUAGGGUGUGGAUCGUGGGUUCCAGACUUCUAUGGCAAUUGAAAUAGUUUUUCUGAUUUUAGGAAUUAGAGUGCGGUUAUCUAUAAUAACUGUGCUUGAUGAAAAAAAGUCAUUCCCUUUGUUUGCCAAUAACUCAGGUUGCAAUGUACAGUUCGAUGGUUUGUCAUUAAGAACACUAUCUAAGAGUUUUGCCAGCAGUCACGUAUAAUAUUAGAUUUUGUGUUUCCCACUACAAUCUGUUGCAACUAUCUUUCACUGGUUUAGGAGUCUUCUGAUAAUUAGGAGAAACUUCUUCCACCCUUCUCCUUUUUAAGUGCACGUUAGGAAACCUCGUUUUGUUUACAAGUACAAAGUACAAAGAGGACUUGUAGAUUAUUUUUAGACGGUGCCUCCUUCACCCUAUCUAUUAAAACCCCAAGUUUUUCCUUCUUUUUCUUCUUCUAAAUUCUUGUAGCCUAUUAAAUCAAAUGAUUUUACAGCAACCUCAAUUGAGGAACUCAUGAACUCUUUACUUUGUUCCUGCAAUACUCAGCUAUCAUUAGAGUCAAGAAAAGCUGAAGAUCCGACCGAUGCUCUGCAGCAAGCUGAUGUCGCUGGCGCAUCUGGUAUAGGAUUGGCAGGUAGGCAGGAAAACAAGAAGAAGAAAAAGUUAAAGAAACGGAUCAAGAAGGAGGAAGAGUUGACUCUUGCUGAAAUAGCCGAGGAAUAUCAUGAUGGGAAUGAAUGUAGGAGGAUAGGUGAAGCGAUGCGCCAAUGGGCCGAGGAAUAUGAGUUUCAACGUGCUCAAUCGCGACGGCGGCAGAUUGUGUAUGAGGAGGACCCGUUGGCACAUUGGCACACAGUGGAUGUCAGUCCUCUUCUUGAUUCUCCGCCUGUGACGCCAUAAACAUCUGUGUGCUGGAGUUGUCUGCCUCCACUGCCUUUCCUUCUGCUUUGGACUUGGCCUUCAUCGAGCAGGUUCUCAGAUUGAAGUUUGCUGGUUCCCCAUUAGGUUACUGUGUGCGAACUGAAGCAAUGGUGUGUUUGCAGCUUCUAUAGAUCCUUGAUGACUUUUUUUCAUAUUAUCCGUGCCAAGUUCUUCUUUGGCUAUUUGUCUUGGUAUAUUUGAUUGUACUCUUGAACGGUUUAUAAAAAAAUGUCACGCUUGAUACUAAAAAAACUUUUCACAAGUCAUUGACUUCACACUUAGUUUCAUUGAUGGUCACUUGUCUAAUUCGUUAAGUUCAUCCUUGGUGUUGGUGAUCAUCUUAGGUGGCGAUCUUGACGUGUCAAUUUAAAAAAUGAAAUACAAAUCAAUAAAAUUUGUUCGGAUAAAAGGGUUUGGAUUUGGUAUUUGUGAUUUGGACUUCUAAAUGUUAUAUCAUUUGUUUGGAUAUUAAUUACAUUUGGUAUUUGGAUUUGUGUCAAAUUCAUGGGGUGAUUUUCAAAUUCAUGUCUAUUGUAUUUCUUGUCAACUUCGAGUAUAUUUCAACAACUAGUGAUUUGAAGUUCCUCCUAACAAAAAUUUGACCUAUUUGUAAAAAAUUUAAAGUUUUGUAGGGAGAAGGUGCGAAGUUGCUCGCAUUUUACUCAUUACGCGAAAUCCUAUUAUUUUAGAACGAGUUGAAGGGGUAGGGAUUGUUGGCGGCUUGGCGCGGAGGAAGGUACUAUAGUGUGAGGAAAAAAUAUAAAGGUAUCAAAACGUAAUUUUACCACUAAAAUUUCAGGGCCUUUUUGUAAAAUUUUAAAAGUUUAGGCACUAAUUUUUAAGAAAAAUAAAUUUGUACUGAGUGACCAAAAAUUCAAAAUUAAAAUAAAAAAUUAUAAAAUCUGAAAUACAAACAAAUUACAAAUGAGUAUCCAAAUAACGAAUUUGAAUUACAUGCAUUUUAAAUGCUAGUAUUUCAAAUACAUCUAUCCAAACGAAACGCAUCCUUAAAUCUUUCCAUAGAAUUUCCUAUACAUGAUCUUUCAACCUGAUCUUCCAUUUUUACGAGUUCUCAAUCACUUGGUUCAUAUUUUUGGGAGAAGGUCACUAGGCAGUAAUGAUGCAUUGAUUUCCCUUUUGCUUCAUGUUCCAGCUUUCGUCAGAGGAGCUCUGUGUGUGUGGCUCUGUAAGCUUUAUUGCGAUCCUACUAACACAGAGGGGAGUAGACCUCUUGGGGUUUGAUGGGAAGCUAAAUUAGAAAAACAAGCUAGAAUUCUGAAAUCGCUUAGAAUCAAUCAGUGAUACGGUAGGUCAGUAGCUAGACUGCUUUGAAAUCUUGAUUUGUUUUGUUUCCAUUUCAGCAGGUGAUGCAUGGCUACUGAACCGAGUCAGAUUUAAUAUGAUACGUUUCAGUUGAAUGUGAGUUAGUAGAUCCGUUGUUUCAUUAGGUUAACUGGACAUUCUUUACUUUUAUAGUAUUCACUCGGUUGUCGUACAAGUUCACUUACAAUAUUGAUAGUUACUAGAUAGAUAGGUGGUGGCUGAGCUCCGCAACGGCCUGAAGUUGGUUUUAUUAUCUUUGGUGGUGGCGGUCAACAUCCAAUUUAAAAUUUUUGGUUAUUAAAUGAUAUUAACCUAAAUCCAAGUAGACCCAUUGACUAUGGGUAGGGUAUGAGUGACGUAUAUAUGAGUUUGGAAAUUUGUAUAUGAGUUUGGAUACGGUAUGAAUAUUUAAAUUCAUAAUCUAAAUAAGUAUGUGUUGGGUACGGAUACCCAUUUAUUGGAGUGUGUUUUAAUUACAAAUACAAAAAUUAGACCUAUUUGUAGAACUUCAAAAGUUCGGGUACUAAAAUAUAAUACACAAAAAUUUUAGGUACUAAAAUGUAAUGUUCCAUCAAUAUUUUGAGGAUUUAUAUGCCAAAAAAAUAAAUUUAGGUUAUAAAUAUGAAGAUCUAUUAAGUUUAGGUACCCAAUUGUAAUUUGCAUAGUUGAUACUUAAUUCCUUUUAGGAUGAUGUAUUUAAGAUGAUAAUAAUUUACUUUUUUAUAGAAAAUAGGAAACUAUUUAUUUGAUAGAUGUAUAAUUGUUGAAAAUUCUAAUACAGGUGAAAAAGAAAAACUCUAGAGAGAAGCUAAAUGAAUAUAAAUUGGAACUCGUUUAAAAUUUCGUUUUUCUAUAAGGAAACUCGUUUAAAAUUUCACGCCUUCAAAUCCCAUAGUGAAAAAUGAUGACUUUCUAAUAAGUAAUAACCAUAUAUAUUUGUUUUUAAUUGGUACAAUUAUUAAUUCUCUAGACUGUUGGUCAUUCGUGCAUGGACUCGUUCAUAGUUGUGAUUAGAAUACAUAAAAAUAAUAGUAUACUAAUUAGGGUUAGACGAAUAAGACAAAGAAAGAAAUAAAGAAAAAGGUUGUGGAAGGCGAGUGAAAAAUGAAACGAAGAGUAAGUAGAUGAUGGAAAAGUUUUAACCAAUUCUUUUAGUUGGUCGUCAAUACAACAGUCAACCCUUUUCAUCGUAGCAAUUUAUUGACACUUGCUUAUAUAGAUGUCGCAUAUUUUGUUACAUGUAAUUAGUAGAAGUUUGUUUAGUACCCCGUAAAUGUACUAAAUGAGUUUAUAAAUUCGCUUUUGCAAUAUUUUAGAAUCGCCUUUCUUUUAUCAUUUAUUUAAUAUUUCACGUAAUGAACAAAUAUAAAUUGGUAGAAUCUUCUCCUACAGUUGAGUGAUACAGCAUAUUGUAUGUUACAAACAAAAUUUGUACUUUUAUGUUAUGGUGGCUUGGAUUCAUCGAUUGGUUCAAAAGGAUUGGUGGAUUGGAUUCAUGGAUUCAAGUGAAAUCUAAAUAUUGGACCAAUAUGUAAAUGUAAAAAAUUAUACGUACAAAAAUCUCAUAAAAUUUAGAUACCAAAACAUAAUUAUUCAAUGAUUUUACAUUAAAAUUAGAUUUGGGGUAUCAAAAUGUAAAAUUUACAUUAUAGUGACUAAGUUGUAAUUUAAUUAAAUUUGAAGUAUCAAAAUAUAAUAAUUUAGGCAACAGUAAACCUACUUCACCUUUAUAUAUAUCAACAAUAGUUGCCCUGUGUGAGUAAACGGGUUACAUGGAGGGAUUUAAUGGUGCAUAUCAAUGUCAGAUACAUUGAGAUCUCACUCUUCUCUGCUUCCUGUUGUAUCUAGAUUUCCAUCUCCUAAUGCUUGCUUCUGCGGUUAUCUAAGCUUCUUUCAAUUGUUGUUCUUCAUUCCAGGCUAGCUACUUCUUUCAACGUUUGUCUUUGGUGUUGAUUCUGCCGCUUCAAGGUAAAAACACAAUUUCUCCUAUCGCAGCAACGUAAAACUGUCACAUAUGUUGCUAAAUGGUUCGAUUCAUGAUAAAUAGUUGUGUUUCCAGAAUCUCCUAUCUUGACUACAAAUCUUCUACCUGUACCUCAACUGAAGAUCUGUGGUUCUGCCUACUCUAGGGGCUGUGAGGCAGCCAUAAUUUUCAUAUUAUUCUGUUAAUGGAUUGUUUUGGGUUUCGGGUUGGGUCUACCUUUUGGUGUUAUACACAAAUAUUUAGUAUCCACGGCGAGUUUUAUGAUUCAGAGAUGCGGCAUAUAAAAUUGGCAAUCUCCGGAAAAUAUCAUUUAAUGUGGUUCUGAUGGACUAUUACUAUAGAGGUGAAAAGGGACCGCAAUAAAAAACUUCUUCUCAGUAGUUACUGUCUUCAAAUAUCCAACUAAACCUUUUUGUUUUUGUUAAUUGAAUACCACCUUUCAGAUCAACGCCAAUGUUUGUCCCAUUGCUUUAUCAUAAUUGCCAUUGACAAUGCAACAUUUCUGUCUCUGAAACCCACUAACAAUUACCUUCAGUUUUCUAUAGACCAUCCCGUCAUUUAAUUCCCUCAUGCUACUCUGACUAUUUUUCUACUAUUAAGACCAUCCACAUCCAUAAAAUACCAUUUCUAUUCCAUAUGUGGCCCCUACUGCCACAUCAACAGUUUUUUCUAUUUCAUUACAUAUCACUUCCAUUUCCUCUACAUCCAUGAAAUCCACUAUCUAUUUCAUAUGGUGGGUCCAACUUACUUUUUAAUACAUCUAUACAUUUAUAUCUAACUUAUAUGAUUUUACCAAUUUAAGAUAUAUCAAAUAAUUAAAAUAAUAUAUUGUAAUUAUUUAAUUAUCAAUGAUGAAAUAAAUUUACUAAUUCAUU